CACUAUUACUCGUCAGCUUACCCAUCCCUCAAUAAAUUGACUUUAUCCCUAAAAUUUACACACAAUGCCCGAGCAUGUGCUAGUAAUUGGAGCCACUGGCAACAUUGGUGUAGCUGCCGUCAAGGCUGCCCUGAACUCUGGGCGUCAGGUCUUGGCUAUCGUUCGUAACCAAGCCUCGGCUGAGAAGCUCUAUAAGCACGUCGGGUCAUCUGAGGGCAUUCAAGUUAUUGAGGCAGACGUCACGUCUGACACGGGAGUUAAAAGUGUUGUUGACCAGGUCAAGGCCGGUAAACUACCAGCCUUCCAACAUGUGUACACAUGCGUUGGUGGUGAAUACACCAAUGUUCCUCUAAAAAGCAUUACUACUGAGAGGCUCCGUAAAAACAUGAACAUGUCCUUAGAGGCCAACUUCUUUGCGUACCGAGACACCAUCGAGUAUUUACAGGAACAAAACCACCCUGACAGCACAUGGACCAUCUGCACGGGCUCACAGGGCGACAUGGCCAUCUUUGCACUGCCAGCCAUAACACAGGGCCCUUUAUUCUCGAUGGCUACGGCAGCUGCUCGAGAGAAUGAGAAAACUAAUGUGCGCGUGAACGAGGUGUACCUGAUGUUCCGAGUCGAAGUUGAUGAAGAUGCUGCACAGCAUGGGGUCACCAGCAGCUCCGAGUUUGCUGCCGUCUAUGAGGGUAUCCUUUCUAACCCUGAGAUUCGCAGCUCGCGUGUACGUGUUGCUUCUCCGGCUGAUAUCAAGGACCUCAAGUGGGCCAAGAAAUAUUAA